UGAGGCUUCAUGACAGCAUAUCAGAGGAGGGCUUCCACUACCUGCUGUUUGAUCUUGAGUGUAGAUGCAGGGUGACUGGAGGAGAGCUGUUUGAGGACAUCGUAGCCAGGGAGUACUACAGUGAGGCUGACGCCAGACAGCCUGAGAACCUCCUGUUGGCCAGUAAGCUGAAGGCGGCGGUUCUUGCUGACUUUGGGCUCGCCAUCGAGGUGCAGGCCGACCAACAGGCAUGGUUUGGUUUUGCUAGUACUCCAGGCUACCUGUCUCCAGAGGUCCUGAGAAAAGACCCAUAUGGGAAGCCUGUGAUCCUGUACAUCCUAUUGGUCGGUUACCCUCCCUUCUGGGACGAGGACCAGCACAGACUGUACCAGCAGAUCAAGGCUGGAGCCUAUGAUUUCCCAUCUCCAGAGUGGGACACGGUGACUCCUGAUGCCAAAGACCUGAUCAAUAAGAUGUUGACCAUCAACCCGCAACGGUCCACUGUAGCUUCCAUGAUGCACAGACAGGAGACUGUGGAGUGUCUGAAGAAGUUCAAGCGCCAGGAGGAAACUCAAGAAACUCAAGAAACUCAAGGUAACACUCCUCUUUCACUGUCCUCUGUUCCAAUCGAGAAACUCAAGAAACUCAAGGAACCCCAGACCACAGUGAUCCACAACCCAAUAGAUGGGAACAAGGCUACAGAUCAAGCUAUACGUUCUUUCCCCCAGGAGUCUAUAGAGAGCACCAACACCCCCAUCGAGGACGAGGAUGUCAAAGUCCUCUGUUUUGGGAACUUGGUGGGUAGUGUGUGGAGCUCUAAGGGUCGUUCCACCCAGUCCUCUGAGCCCAGGCAGACUCCCUCCUCUUCAGGACAGAGCAAGUCCCCUGGCUAUGUCCCCCCUGUCCCCCAGCCAGCGUCCCCUGGGUCUCUCCUCAACUACUCUGGAGAAACCUGUCCACUGUCUCCUGGGUCUCCCUCGGCCACUCUGGAGAAACCUGGCCACUGUCUCCUAGGUCUCUCCUCAACCACUCUGGAGAAACCUGACCACUGUCUCCUAGGUCUCUCCUCAACCAUUCUGGAGAAACCUGUCCCCUGUCUCUACUCAACCACUCUGGAGAAACCUGUCCCCUGUCUCCCCUCAGCCACUCUGGAGAAACCUGUCCACUGUCUCCUGGCCACUCUGGAGAAACCUGUCCACUGUCUCCUGGGUUUCCCCUCAACUACUCUGGAGAAACCUGUCCACUGUAUCAUGGCUCGGAAGCAGGAAAUUAUCAAAGUCACAGAGCAGCUGAUCGAAUCCAUCAACAACGGAGACUUUGAGGCCUCACGCGUGAGUCCUGCUCUGAAGAUCUGUGAUCCUGGUCUGACGUCGUUUGAACCAGAAGCUCUGGGGAACCUGGUAGAGGGACAUGACUUCCAUCGCUUCUACUUCGACAACGCCCUGUCUAAAGGUAACAAGCCGGUGCACACCAUCCUCCUCAACCCUCACGUCCAUCUGAUAGUACAUGGACGCGGGGGGAUGCCUCGCACCAUGCAGUCUGAGGAGACCCGCGUCUGGCAUCGCAGAGAGGGAAAGUGGCAGAACAUUCACUUCCACCGCUCCGGCUCGCCCAGCGUACCAUCCCAGUAA